GUGGUAGCCAUGAAGGUGAUGGGCGUUCCAGCGGCUACAGCUACCAGUACCGUGGCCAUGAAUCUCGGCGUCGUGACGGCAGUUGGGGUCCUGAGCGCAGGUUUGACCCCGACCGACGUGGACCUCGGGAUGCUGAUCGUGACUACAGCGGCCUCCGUGACUCCACGGACCAGCGUGACUACUACCGUGACACCCGUGAUAUACGUGACGUUCGGGAGUGCCGCGAGUACCGUGACCAUCGUGACCACCGUGAUGCACCAUACGACCGCCGCCCUGACCGUGACGCCCGCGGCCGUGGCUCAGAUCGAGGUGAUCGUGACCGUGGCCAGGGUUCUGGCAGACGUCCAGCGCCUUCGGGAAGAGCUAGCGGCUGCGGACCCUGAGUUCAAGGCCGCGCUCAAGGACAAGGAGGACAGGAAGGAGGAGAUGCAGCUCCGCAAGCAGGGCGAAUAUGUGGCGAUGGCCAUGAAGUCAAGCUUCGGGGACCAGCUCACCAAGCUCCUCGAGGCGUUGGACAGCGGUGGCAAGCCGAAGAAGUCCGUCAUGGGGGAGCGCGAGGUGAGCCCGACACCGGUGGCGGAAGCCCCCGUUAGCACGGCUCUUCUCAAGAGGGCGGAGAUCGGAUGGCCCCGGUCCCUCAUCGGCGGCAAGAAGCAGCUGGGCACACGCAUGUCCUGGGCUGAGGCCGCUCAGGUCUUGGAGGCGCGCAUGGUGGACAAGACGGUGGUGGCGCAGAUCAACAAGUGCAUCAUGGCCCACUUUCCGAAGCGUACGCCACCUACGAGCAAGGCGAAGCGUGUGCAGCUUGUCCUGGGGAUCCUUCACGCCAGCGCCCUCUGA